AUGGAGGCCGACACUGGCGACGGAGGCUCGAAGACGGCGUGGACCGUCGAGAAACAAGAUCAAGAAGUCGGGAUAAUCCAAAUCGACACUGGCAACGAUGAAAGCGCCCUCUGCUUCAACUAUUUGUCCGGAUGGCGACUGCACACCAUCGCGCUGGGCCUCAACCUCGGCCUGUUCCUGGUCAACUUCGAGAUCACCAUCGUCAGCACGGCCCUGGUGUCCAUCACCAACGAGCUGCAGGAGUUCAAGCGCAGCAGCUGGGUCAUCACCGCCUAUCUGAUCACCUAUGUCGCCGGCGUGGUGAUCUGGGCCAAGCUGAGCGACCUGUUCGGGCGCAAACAGACCUGUAUCGCGGCGCUGCUCAUCUUUGCCGCUUUCUCGGGCGGAUGUGGCGCCGCGCAGAGUGUGGUGCAGCUCGCCGUCUGUCGAGCCUUCCAGGGCAUCGGGGGAUCGGGCAUCUACGCCGUCGCCAUGGUGAUGCUCUACGAGCUCGUCCCCGCAAACCGGUACCCCCUGUACACGGCCGCCGUGACGGUCGUUGUCGCGCUGGCCUUUUCUCUGGGCCCUGUGCUGGGCGGUGCCAUCACAGAUCGCGCGUCGUGGAGAUGGGUGUUUCUGCUCAACGUUCCCUUCGCCGUGGUCGCAGCGGUGAUCCUCUUCCUCGCCACCCCUUCGGACUUCCCGUAUCAAGGACAAGCGACAAUGUCUCACCGGCAUCGGAGCCGUAGCCUCGGUCUCAAGCUGCGGGCCAUCGACUUCCCGGGCGGCUUCCUGAUGCUGGCGGCGAUGGCGUUGCUGAUCACAGGCCUGGAGGAGGCUGCCUCGCAUCUCUACUGGACUGGGGCCACGGUGCUGGGCCCGCUGGUGGCUUCCGCGCUCCUCUGGGUCGCCUUCUUGGCCAACUCGUGGCGCCAGGGAAGAAACGAGGGCGCCGUGGAACCGGUGUUUCCUUGGCGGUUUUGUACGUCGAGGCCUGUGGUGGGUCUGUUGCUAACAUCCUUCAUGACCGGCGCAGUCAGCAUCACCUGCAUCUUCCAGCUCCCGCUCCGCUACCAGACCUCGGCCGGGCUAGAUCCCCUGCAGGCCGGCGUCCGGCUAAUCCCCUUCUCCGUGUGCGGGCCCCUGGGCACCGUCGUCUGCGCGGCGCUGGCUAAGGGGCGGCGCGUGCCUCCCAUCUUCCUGGCCAUAGCCGGCUCGGUCAUGCAGAUCAUCGGCCUUGUCUUCCUUGCCCGCGGCGACCCGGCAGAUCCGGACUGGCCUGGCUUGUACGGGCUCGAGGUGGUGGUCGGGAUGGGCUUUGGGCUAUGCCUGGGCGCCGUCACGUUGAUGGUGCCGUUUGUGGUGGAGAAGAGGGACCUUGCCGUCGGGGCCGCAGCCCCUGUGCAACUUCGGUUCCUCGGGAGUGCAACCGUGGUGUCGAUUGUUACCGCAGUUGGAAACACGUGGUUGAGGAACGAACUGUCGGGCACCCUGAGUCCUGAGCAGAUCCAGGCCAUUUUCAGGUCUAGCGAUGCCAUCAGGAUGCUACCCACCGCAGAGCUUGAGAGGUUAGUUCGGGGCCGCUUUGUGGAGAGCUUCAACCUGCAGAUGCACAUUGUGCUGGGAUUUGCGGUCGCUGGUGUUAUCACCGCGCUGCUGAUGUGGCAGCGGAAUCAGGUUAGAGUUCCUUGA